AAGAGUCCGGAUUUGACCCGCAUUCCUUUGUAGGUAACAAAUAAAAAGGUAGGGCUUGCACUUGCAGAAUCACAAAAAUCGGUGAUUGAUUUCUACGAGCUUCUUUUUCUUUUUGGUUUUUUUAGGUCUACGCUAAGCCACCUCUCUUUUAUCAAUAAGCACGACCAGAAACCAUGCCGAAGAACAAGGGAAAGGGAGGAAAGAAUAGGAAGAGAGGAAAGAACGAAGCAGAUGAUGAGAAGCGUGAGCUUAUUUUUAAGGAAGAUGGGCAGGAGUAUGCCCAAGUGCUUCGCAUGCUUGGAAAUGGUCGCUGUGAAGCCAUGUGUAUUGAUGGUACUAAGCGUCUAUGUCACAUUCGCGGGAAGAUGCACAAGAAGGUCUGGAUUGCAGCUGGUGAUAUAAUACUCGUUGGCCUGCGUGACUAUCAGGACGACAAGGCUGAUGUUAUCUUGAAGUAUAUGCCUGAUGAAGCUAGGCUUCUAAAGGCUUAUGGUGAACUCCCCGAGAGUACACGACUCAAUGAAGGUAUUGCUGGAGGUCUUGAUGAGGAGGAUGACGGUGCUGGUGAUGAUUAUAUUGAGUUUGAGGAUGAAGAUAUAGAUAAGAUCUAGGGUUCUGGAGCUGACUUUCAUUUUCUUCAAUGUUUAUUUAUGAUGUGAGCUUCUGAGAGUUUGUGAUGAUAUUAAAAGCCUAACCAAGGGUUUGUGCUUUAUAAAUUGGCAGUUGAUAUGGUAAACUGGUUAUAUUUCAUGUAAUACCUGUUAUCACUUUAAUCUCUCUCAUGUGUUAUUGCUUUUCUGAA